AUGAAAGGUAUUGAAAAAUCAUUUUUUAAAUGUCAAAUAUGUGAAAGACAUUUGAGUUCGAAAAAUUCUCUCAAGGUUCACUUAGACAGUCAUGACAAGUUAAAAAAAUACAAAUGUAAAAAUUGUGAUACAUUUUUUCACACACAAGGAAGUUAUUAUGCUCACAUACGUCGACAUAGUGGUAACGAUAUCAUUUGUCACUUUUGUGGUAAAAAAUUUUAUCACAAUGAUAAAUUUAAAUGUCAUUUAAGAACUCACACAGGUGAAAAACCAUUUGUUUGUAAAAACUGUCCGAAAAAAUUUGCAUCCAGGGAUAACCUCAAAAGACAUGAUGUUUUGGUACAUAAAAACGAUAAUGAUUUCAUAUGUCAAAUAUGUCGAGAAAAAUUUGUUUUCUAUCAAAAUUUUUUGGAUCACGUGAAAAUUCACAAAGUUAAUAAAUAUUACAAAUGUGAGGAUUGUAUGAAAAAAGUCAAAUCGAAAAGUCUUCUUCUCAGACACAUGAGAAUACACACUGGUAACAAACCGUACACUUGUGAAAUAUGUUCGGCAUCAUUUUCCGAUUCGUCGAAUAAAAAUCGCCAUUUAAAAAUUCAUAAACAACGAGAGGAAAAAUUUGAUGACGAUGAUGAUGAUCACGACGAUGACGACGUCAUUCCCAUUAGAGAAAAAAAUUCACAAAUUAAAUAUUUUUUUCUUUACUGUCACCGCGGUGACGGUGGUGACGGGGGCGAUGGUGACGGCGUUGACAAAACAACGAAUAACGAAAUCGAAUCCGUUUGUUGCGAUUAUCUUUCUGAACCUGUCAAACCUGGAAAAUUUAUCGAAGAGUAG